AUGAAAGGUCUUCUCUCCGCAACGGUGGCUUCGGCCAUCUCUGGCGCUCUUGCGUUUCCUUCUCCUGCUGAGCGCCGCGACAUCGCUGCCCGCCAGGCCGCAGUAUGCUCUUCUCCUGUCACGCUAUCUGGAAACCCGUUCUCCAAUCGCUCCCUCGCUGUCAAUAGUUUCUAUGCUGCCGAGGUCAAAGAAGCUGUUACAAAAAUCACCGACUCGACACUUGCAGCAAAAGCGGCCAAGGUCGCUAAUAUUGGAAGCUUUUUCUGGAUUGAUACGCGUGACAAGAUCAAGAUGCUCGACGACAUCAUCAAGGACACCCCCUGCACCCAGAUUCGCGGACUCAUCAUUUACGAUCUGCCUGGUCGCGACUGCGCCGCCAAAGCAUCUAACGGCGAACUUGCCGUUGGCGAAAUCAACAUUUACAAGACGCAGUACAUUGAUCCCAUUGUUACAAUCAUCAAGAAGUACCCAAACAUCGCCUUCGCUCUGAUUAUCGAGCCCGACUCUUUGCCCAACUUGGUCACCAACAGCAACUUGGCGACAUGCCAGGCCUCUGCUGCCGGAUACCGCGAGGGAGUUGCGUAUGCGCUUAAGCAGCUGAAUCUCCCCAAUGUAGCCAUGUACAUAGAUGCUGGUCACGGAGGUUGGCUUGGCUGGGACGCCAAUAUCAAACCGGGCGCCAAGGAGCUUGCGACGGUCUACAAAAAUGCUGGCAGCCCCAAGGCAGUCCGCGGUAUCGCGACCAACAUUGCCGGCUGGAACUCGCUGGACCAAGAGCCUGGAGAAUUUGCUGGUUCCUCCGACGGCCAGUACAACAAGGCACAAAACGAGAAGAAGUACGUCCAGCUCAUAUCGCCCGAACUUGUCGCCGCAGGCAUGCCCGGCCAGGCCAUUGUCGACACAGGCCGCAAUGGCGUCACGGGUAUCCGCAAGGAAUGGGGCGACUGGUGCAAUGUCAACGGUGCUGGAUUCGGUCGCCCCCCCACGGCUGACACGGGAUCUCCACUCAUCGAUGCCUGCGUGUGGGGCAAGCCCGGCGGUGAGAGCGACGGUACCAGCGAUACCUCCGCGAAGCGCUACGAUUCAUUCUGCGGUAAGGACGAUGCCUACAAGCCCAGCCCCGAGGCUGGAUCCUGGAACCAGGCCUACUUUGAGAUGCUUGUCAAGAACGCCAACCCGCCUCUGUAG